AGCCGAGAUCACAGUGACGAACGGGAGGAUUUGGGGCAAACAUUUGAAUUCUACGGCGGAAAAGUCGCCUCUUCGUUUGGUCCGCGUUGUCUUUGCAUCAGGAUUUUCACGACCUCCCCCACCCCCCCCACCCCCCACCCUCGUCUGCUGAGACUGGUGUGGCUGUGAGGCAAAUUUGAACCAUUUUGCCAAAGGACCUGUACACUGGAGAGAUAAACAAAGGAUACAUUUCAACAUGUAUCCACAAGGCCGACAUCCGCCUCCACAUCAGCCCGGUCAGCCUGGCUUCAAAUUCACCGUAGCAGAGUCUUGUGACAGGAUUAAAGAUGAAUUUCAGUUCCUGCAAGCCCAAUAUCACAGUCUUAAGGUGGAGUAUGACAAACUGGCCAAUGAGAAGACAGAGAUGCAGCGCCACUAUGUCAUGUAUUACGAGAUGUCCUAUGGGCUGAAUAUAGAGAUGCACAAACAGACGGAGAUUGCCAAACGGCUCAACGCAAUUUUAGCUCAAAUUAUGCCUUUCCUGUCACAAGAGCACCAACAGCAGGUUGCUCAGGCAGUGGAGCGGGCUAAGCAGGUGACUAUGACUGAGCUGAAUGCUAUCAUCGGGGUACGUGGACUUCCCAAUCUGCCUCUCACCCAGCAGCAGCUCCAGGCACAGCACCUUUCCCACGCUGCUCACGGGCCUCCGGUCCAGCUGCCACCUCACCCGUCAGGCCUGCAGCCGCCUGGCAUCCCCCCUGUGACGGGCUCUGGAUCAGGCCUGCUGGCACUCGGUGCCCUGGGCAGCCAAGCCCACCUCCCAGUGAAGGAUGAGAAAAACCAUCAUGACCUCGAACACAGAGAGAACACGAAUAACUCUAUAUCCCCAUCAGAAAGCUUACGCACAGCCAGUGAGAAGCACCGCAGCUCCUCUGACUACAGUUUGGACUCUAAGAAACGCAAAGUAGAAGAGAAGGACAGCAUGAGCAGAUAUGACAGUGAUGGAGAGAAGAGUGAUGACCUGGUGGUAGAUGUGUCUAAUGAGGACCCUGCCACUCCACGGGCAAGCCCAGCCCACUCGCCACCUGAAAACGGCAUUGAUAAGCCUCGGCCUCCAAAGAAGGACACACCCAACAGCCCUGCAUCAGUGGCGUCUUCUGGAAGCACCCCAUCUUCCAAGGCCAAGGAGCUCAGUCAUAAUGACAAAUCCUCCACUCCUGGCCUCAAGUCCAACACCCCCACCCCCCGCAAUGAUGCCCCUACCCCUGGCACCAGCUCCACUCCUGGGCUCAGACCCAUCCUGGGCAAACCACCAGGCAUGGAGGCUCUCGCAGCCCCAGCUUUGCGUACACCUCUGUCCAUCGCAGGCUCUUAUCCUACCCCCUUUGCCAUGAUGGGCCAUCAUGAUAUGAAUGGAGGCCUUACUAGUCCUGGUGUGUAUGCUGGUCUGCACAUCUCCCCUCAGAUGAGCGCUGCAGCAGCUGCAGCCUACGGACGCUCCCCCAUGGGGUUUGAUCCUCACACCCACAUGAGAGCCCCGGGCCUUCCAGCCAGCCUCACAUCCAUUUCUGGCGGCAAACCGGCUUACUCCUUCCACGUCAGCGCAGACGGUCAGAUGCAGCCUGUGCCCUUCCCACCCGAUGCCCUGAUUGGCCCUGGUAUUCCUCGCCACGCCCGUCAGAUCAACACACUGAGCCACGGCGAAGUGGUGUGCGCUGUUACAAUUAGCAACCCCACACGCCAUGUCUACACUGGUGGCAAAGGCUGUGUCAAAAUCUGGGACAUUAGCCAACCCGGCAGCAAAAGUCCCGUGUCCCAACUGGACUGUCUGAACAGGGAUAACUACAUCCGCUCCUGUAAGCUACUGCCUGAUGGCCGCACAUUGAUUGUUGGAGGCGAGGCCAGCACAUUGACCAUCUGGGAUCUGGCCUCUCAGACACCCCGCAUCAAGGCUGAGCUCACCUCCUCAGCCCCGGCGUGCUACGCCUUGGCCAUCAGCCCCGACGCCAAAGUCUGCUUCUCUUGCUGCAGUGACGGAAACAUUGCCGUUUGGGACCUGCACAACCAGACUCUCGUUAGGCAGUUCCAGGGUCACACGGAUGGUGCUAGCUGUAUUGAUAUAUCCCAUGAUGGCACUAAGCUGUGGACAGGCGGUCUUGACAACACAGUUCGCUCCUGGGAUCUGAGGGAGGGUCGACAGCUGCAGCAGCAUGACUUCACUUCACAGAUCUUCUCCUUGGGCUACUGUCCGACUGGAGAGUGGCUUGCUGUGGGCAUGGAGAGCAGCAACGUGGAGGUGCUCCACCACUCAAAGCCUGACAAGUAUCAGCUCCACCUGCACGAGAGCUGCGUCCUCUCUCUCAAGUUCGCCUACUGUGGUAAAUGGUUCGUAAGCACUGGGAAGGACAAUCUGUUGAAUGCUUGGAGGACGCCUUACGGUGCCAGCAUAUUCCAGUCCAAGGAAUCCUCAUCUGUCCUGAGCUGUGACAUCUCGACAGACGACAAGUAUAUUGUGACAGGCUCUGGUGAUAAGAAGGCCACUGUAUAUGAAGUGAUCUACUAGAGCAGACUGCUAUGGAUCGGAGCAUGUUCAUGCUCAGGAACAACAGACUCUUCCUCCAUCUACCUUCCCUCACACAGACAGCAUGGAUGUUGCCUGCAGCCCCGGGGUGGAUGGGCAGGACGUUUGGCAGUGCCAGACUGAAAUGGACGUUGGUGCUGUUGUGGCCCUGGAUGCCGUGUCCUUCGGCUCUGCCCUUCCUCACUCAUACAGCUAACACAUGUACAGCGAGUGCAGUUCCCCAAGGCACUAAGAAGAAAAUAAUGUCUUGCUGUUUUUCUGUUUGUUGGAUAUUUCUUUUUUAUUCGUCCUUUUUAAUGAGGAGAUAAAGUUCCAUGACACAACAAGAAGCGGCGCUUCACUUUGGAGCUUCUCCUUGGAGGUCCUGUGAAAAGUGUACAUAAUGGAGUAAUAAAAGGCCUUUUAUAGAUUUA